UCCUGAUGUCAAGCAUCUUCUCAAAUUACAGGUGUCGUUUUCAAUGUAUUUAAAAUUUUGUUCUUUCUACAAAACAGCAACCACAGACACAGGUUCAUUUUCAGUUCACCUACUCGGAGAAAACCUACUUUCUUUAUCUUAUUUAAAUUAGGGUCCUCCAAGCGAUCUUAACAUCUCCUAAAUCCCAAGCACCCUGUUUUUCUUCCUGAUACUUUUUCCGUUUACCUUAAUAUCUGUGUCAACCUGACAGUAAGCUGCACGAUGGCAGGGGUCUUGCCUACCAGGUUCCCUGUGCACAGCAGCCCGUCAACAGUAGCUUAAUAAACAUCAUAGGUCACAAUAACCCUGGGACCGCAUCUUGGGGAGGUAGCCGCAAACUCUCGCAGGUGGCAGUGACAGGAGUACUUCUCCAGGGGGUUGUUCGAGUGGAUGAAUACUCUUACGUGAAAGUGGUCAGUACACCACUGCGGCAAGAAGGAGGAAGGGAAGAAUUCCAGAUGCGGAGAAAGUAGUAUUUUACAGCAUACCACAGCCUGAACUGGGUCCAGGAGGGCGUCGCCGCCGCGACACCUUCACGUGACCGCGAACGGCUUAAGGACCCCGCAUCCAGUGCGCUUGCGCUGGAGCUCCCGGAAGUGGCCGGACCCGGAACGCAAGCGGAGCGCACGUCCGUCAGCCCGUCAGUCCGCCAGUCCGCCAGACCAGUACCUCUGUCUUCUCGGCCGUCGUAAGCUGUCCGCUGUCUGUUUGGCCCGAACGGCGGCGGAGGCGCUGAUCAUGGCGACAUUCAUCUCGGUGCAGCUGAAAAAGACCUCAGAGGUGGACCUGGCCAAGCCGCUGGUGAAGUUCAUCCAGCAGACUUACCCGAGCGGCGGGGAAGAGCAGGCCCAGUACUGUCGCGCGGCGGAGGAGCUCAGCAAGCUGCGCCGCGCCGCAGUCGGUCGCCCGCUGGACAAGCACGAGGGCGCGCUCGAGACGCUCCUGAGAUAUUAUGAUCAGAUUUGUUCUAUUGAACCCAAAUUCCCAUUUUCUGAAAAUCAGAUCUGCUUGACAUUUACCUGGAAGGAUGCUUUUGAUAAAGGUUCACUUUUUGGAGGCUCUGUAAAACUGGCUCUUGCAAGCUUAGGAUAUGAAAAGAGCUGUGUGUUGUUCAAUUGUGCUGCCUUAGCUAGCCAAAUUGCAGCAGAACAGAACCUGGAUAAUGAUGAAGGAUUGAAAAUCGCUGCUAAGCAUUACCAGUUUGCUAGUGGUGCCUUUUUACAUAUUAAAGAGACGGUUUUAUCUGCCUUAAAUCGAGAACCUACUGUGGACAUAUCUCCAGAUACUGUUGGGACCCUCAGUCUUAUUAUGCUGGCACAGGCUCAAGAAGUAUUUUUUUUAAAAGCCACAAGAGAUAAAAUGAAAGAUGCCAUCAUAGCUAAAUUGGCUAAUCAGGCUGCAGAUUAUUUUGGUGAUGCUUUCAAACAGUGUCAAUACAAAGAUACUCUCCCCAAGUAUUUUUAUUUCCAGGAGGUGUUCCCUGUCUUGGCUGCAAAGCACUGUAUCAUGCAGGCCAAUGCUGAGUACCAUCAGUCUAUCCUGGCAAAACAGCAGAAGAAAUUUGGAGAAGAAAUUGCAAGGUUACAGCAUGCAGCAGAACUGAUUAAAACAGUGGCAUCUCGCUAUGAUGAAUAUGUUAAUGUGAAGGAUUUUUCUGACAAAAUCAAUCGUGCCCUUACUGCAGCAAAGAAGGAUAAUGACUUCAUUUAUCAUGACCGAGUUCCAGACCUUAAAGAUCUAGAUCCUAUUGGCAAAGCCACACUUGUGAAAUCCACCCCAGUCAAUGUACCCAUCAGUCAGAAAUUUACUGAUCUGUUUGAGAAGAUGGUUCCUGUGUCAGUGCAGCAGUCUUUGGCUGCCUAUAAUCAGAGGAAAGCCGAUUUGGUUAACAGAUCAAUUGCUCAGAUGAGAGAAGCCACCACUUUGGCAAAUGGGGUGCUAGCUUCCCUUAAUCUUCCAGCAGCAAUUGAAGAUGUGUCUGGAGACACUGUACCUCAGUCUAUAUUGACUAAAUCCAGAUCUGUGAUUGAACAGGGAGGCAUCCAGACUGUUGAUCAGUUGAUUAAAGAGCUGCCUGAAUUACUGCAACGAAAUAGAGAAAUCCUAGAUGAGUCAUUAAGGUUGUUGGAUGAAGAAGAAGCAACUGAUAAUGAUUUAAGAGCAAAAUUUAAGGAACGCUGGCAAAGGACACCAUCCAAUGAACUGUAUAAGCCUUUAAGAGCAGAGGGAACCAACUUCAGAACAGUUUUAGAUAAAGCUGUGCAAGCAGAUGGACAAGUGAAAGAAUGUUACCAGUCUCAUCGUGACACCAUCGUGCUUUUGUGUAAGCCAGAGCCUGAGCUGAAUGCUGCCAUCCCUUCUGCUAAUCCAGCAAAGACCAUGCAGGGCAGUGAGGUUGUAAAUGUCUUAAAAUCCUUAUUGUCAAAUCUUGAUGAAGUAAAGAAGGAAAGAGAGGGUCUGGAGAAUGACUUGAAAUCUGUGAAUUUUGACAUGACAAGCAAAUUUUUGACAGCUCUGGCUCAAGAUGGUGUGAUAAAUGAAGAAGCUCUUUCUGUUACUGAACUAGAUCGAGUCUAUGGAGGUCUUACGACUAAAGUUCAAGAAUCUCUAAAGAAACAGGAGGGACUUCUUAAAAAUAUUCAGGUCUCACAUCAGGAAUUCUCGAAAAUGAAACAAUCUAAUAAUGAAGCUAACUUAAGAGAAGAAGUUUUGAAGAAUUUAGCUACUGCAUAUGACAACUUUGUUGAACUUGUAGCUAAUUUGAAGGAGGGCACAAAGUUUUACAAUGAGUUGACUGAAAUCCUGGUCAGGUUCCAGAACAAAUGCAGUGAUAUAGUUUUUGCGCGGAAGACAGAAAGAGAUGAACUCUUAAAGGACUUGCAACAAAGCAUUGCCAGAGAACCUAGUGCUCCUUCAAUUCCUACACCUGCAUAUCAGUCCUCACCAGCAGGAGGACAUGCACCAACUCCUCCAACUCCAGCGCCAAGAACCAUGCCGCCUACUAAGCCCCAGCCCCCAGCCAGGCCUCCACCACCUGUGCUUCCAGCAAAUCGAGCUCCUUCUGCUACUGCUCCAGCUCCAGUGGGGGCUGGGACUGCUGCACCAGCUCCAUCACAAACACCUGGCUCAGCUCCUCCUCCACAGGCCCAGGGACCACCCUAUCCCACCUAUCCAGGAUAUCCUGGGUAUUGCCAAAUGCCCAUGCCUAUGGGCUAUAAUCCUUAUGCAUAUGGCCAGUAUAAUAUGCCAUAUCCACCAGUGUAUCACCAGAGCCCUGGACAGGCUCCAUACCCAGGACCCCAGCAGCCUUCAUACCCCUUCCCUCAGCCCCCACAGCAGUCUUACUAUCCACAGCAGUAAUAUGUCUGCUCAGCAGUUCAGCUGAUUCAGAUCAGAGGGAAAGAAAUACCAACCCUGCAAUAAGUGUACUAAACUCUACGCUCUGGUUAAUGUAAUGUACUCUCCUGGACUGAAUGCAGUGUAUAAUUUCUGUCUACAGCUAGAAGCUGUGCCCCACUUCCACAUUUGAUUACACAUGUGAGAUUUGCUGCUGUUGCAGUAUAAACACUAGGUAUAAUAGGAUUUGAAAUUGUAUUACAGUUCAUAAAAAUUGAAAAUGAGACAUUAAACCUGCAAGUGAAACAUUUGAAACUAUUAUACUUUCUACAUAAGACACGGUUGGGACAUCAGAUACUUUACAAAGAUGGUUUAAGUAUGGAUACUCGAGAAAAUUAAGUUUUCUUUCCCUUUAGUUUAUUGAUUUGGUUUAAUUUCCAUUAUGCUAUUUUACAUAAUCAAGGCAUUGUAAAUCUUAUAAUUUUAAAAUAAAUUACUUAAGAACAGUUGUCAUUGUUAUGUUUUGUUAUUGAUUCUCAUUACUGUCUAAUUUUUUUUUUCUGGUAUUAGUCUCAUUUUGUAUGUAUAUAAGUUAAACAUAUACUGUUUCUUAAGUGCAUGAAUAGUACAAGUUAUUAUCAAGGACGUUUUAUAGGGAAACCAAAAGAAUAGUAUCAUAGUUUAUCUUUCAUAUGCUGAUUAGUAAACGACUUUUGACAUUUAUUUUAAAAAGUCCUAUAAUGUGGAAGAAACAAGCAAUUGCUACCAAAGAUUCUUCAAAUAAAUAUACAAAUAAAUGUGUAUAUUUAAUGUUUUAUUGUUAGCUUCUCCAGAAAAUUGAUGCAAAUUCUGGUAAUAAUUCUUGCAUUUUUUUCCCCGUAACCUGGUUAAAAUAAAUAUGCCAUUGACAAUACUUCAUAAUGUAAUGGAAUUGUUUGGGGAAUACUUACUGUACCCUCUUAUCCUUUUUUCCACCUUACUGUGUUAACUUAGUGACAUUUAAUGCCCAAUAUGUAUGAAUAGAUCUAAGCCAUUUAAUUUUUUUUCCUUAAAGAUUGGACUAUUUUAUAAUUCAAGGAGCAUACAAAACAAUGGUUGGGAACAUAUGCCAAUUCUGGAGUAGGCUAUGUAUUUAAUACUCAUCUCUGCCGUUAGGAUAUCUACUCACUGUAUAAACCUCAGUAAAAAUAGUGAAGACAUGCAUCAUGGAAUGAGAAAAUGAGAAAGGAAUGAGUUGUCUAACAUCGCAGUGGGAUCUGUUUUAUGUGAGGUUCAUUUCUGAACACAUUAGGCAUAUGAGCAGAUUUCCAAUGAAUCUAUUUAUGUUUAUUUUCUGAGUUUCAACGCUGACCUUUUCUUGCAUUAUUGUUUCAUUUUAAUGAUAGUGUUGCUUGUCCCACUAUUGUUUUCAUUGACAGUUUGGAUUUAUAUUUUAAAUGUUCGAAUGAAAGUAUGAUUGUAAAAGGGAGUGAAUUGGUUUAAAAAUAUAUGUAUAUUUUAAACUUUGUUGUGUGUAGGAAACAUGGAGGCAUGUUAAUUCAAUAUAAAUGGCUUUGAUUUCAUGGAAUAUUAAAAUUGGUUUAAAGUCCAAUAGUUAAACCUUAGCAAAAAUAGUUUUUUACUUUAUCAAUUGCUAAGAUUUAAUACUUUGGAUUCAUCAAAGUGUGACAUGGGCUUGUUUGACUAUUCUGUAAGUGGCAUUUAAGUUCCACAUUCUUAUUACUUGAGGUACUUUAUACUAACAUAAGACACUCAGUGAGAGUUAGAGGUAUUACAAAUUGCUAGUUUAUAAUGUCUUACUAAUGCAGAAAAAAGGAAAAAACAAAAUUGGCCUGAAUAUUCUCUUGGGGAAAGAGGGCACCAAAGAAAAGGGUAAGUGCAUCUGAGGGCCAAAAAGAGAUGUAUAAGCCUUUUAGCCCAUUCCCCAUGCUGGGCCUGCUCCCAGAGCCACAGGAAGAUCAUUCAGAAACUAGGAAAGGAGGCCCCCACAGCUGCUCCUGCCACAGCACACCUGACUCUCAUCGGCUCUGUUAGUGUAACCUUUUAAAUGUAGCAGCCCAAACCCUUUUCCUCUUGUCAGUUCAUUCAUCGUUUGGUUUCUUUUUGAUCACCUGUGUCUGGGCACAAUCAGUCACAUGAAAUGCAGCCCUUUAUUGCUGUUACGGAUAAUACUGUUGAUUUGGAGUUGGAAGGGUACUACUCUGUGGUUCAGGUGUGUUGUACCCAUGUUUAUAAUUAGGCUUUAUUAUCUUCCUAAACCAAGGAAAGGAAAUCAUCCCCAGACCAUUUAUGUUGAGCUUUGGAAUACUAUUUUAAACUGGAUUAUACUUAAAUAAUGAAGCUCUGCAUAGAGGAACUAGUCAGAAGUAGGGAAAACACUGUCUAGUUUUUAUCAGUCUGGUAUAAAGUAUUGAUCUAAGAGAACUCUUCCUGUGCCCCUUGGUCUUUAUUCUCAGUUAAGAAAAACAGUCACAUGUCACCACAAACCAAUCAAUCUUUAUGAGAUACUCCUGUAUCCAUACCCCAGCUUGUUUGCAAUUUAUAAUCCUCCCCUUCAAAACUAAGAAGUUACAGAAAAAAAGAAGGGAUUUCACAGAGCCUCGUGUCCCUAAAGUUCUAUCCCAGUCAGCAGUCUUUAUAGUCAAAACAGAUUUAAAAAAAAUGUUUUCCAUUUGAGCUUUACAGUUAGCAAAAGUGCUUUUAUACAUGUUCUGAUUUCAGAAACAGGAUAAUAUAAUUUGUUAAGUAGGUUUCAGUUUGCUAAUAGGGAUUUUUUGUGUUUUGUUUUUUAAUUUUCAGCAUCUCUUGAAGAAUCUUGCUACAGCCAAAUGGCGUCUCACUUUUUAGAGAUGUUUGCAAUUAUUAGUUGAUUCACAGUACAGAACAAGGUGUAAAGGAAAAAACCCUGCUCGGUAGUGUUAUAGUUGCUGGAUUAAAAAUAGACAUUAGAACUAACAGGUUCAUUAUAAGAUUUACAUGGAAGAGCAAAGAAGGAAAAAUUAUAUUUUUAAAGAAAGAGAAUAUUCAGGCUUUAUUUCUGGUAUGAAGUUUAUAUUUUUAAAAAAAAUCCUAUAUUAUCACACCAGAGAUUUUAGAUUCUUUUCUGGUUAGAAACAUUGCUGGUAGUUGGAUUAUAUUUUUAUUGUAUUCAUUUAUCUUAGGGGGAAAAUUGUAAAGAAAAAAAAAAGGUCCAGAUGAAUGUAUCCUAGAAAUAAAAGUUGAAAGAUUCUUA